AGGGGGUUGGAGCUCCGGUCGCCGCCGCCGCCGCGACACCCCGACCGACGAGAGCGAGAGACGGCGAUGGCGCUCACCAACUUCAUCGUGACGGUGGCGGCGGUUGGCGCGGCGGUGCUCCUCUUCACCACCGACGUCCGCAAGUCCGGCGCCGUCUUCCGCCGCAACGCCCGCCAAAUCCGGCACUGGCUCGAGGAGGACACCGCGUCCGCCGCAUCCAAGUCUGCAAAAGAAGCUGUACCGCCUCCCAAGAAAUUGGAUGCAGAGAUUCCCAAGGAUAAGCCAAAGGAUCACUGAAAUCAUUAUGUUUUGUGCAUGAUAUAACCUUUGUCAUAGCUAUGAUCCUUGUGCAUGACAAAUAUAACUGUCUACUCAUUCUACCCAUGCUGAGUCAUAGAGAUCUGUAGUAGCUCAUAAAUGUAUGCAUGCCAAAUAUGUUUUCAUUUCUGGAGA